AUGUCUAACAAUGAAUAAACAAAAUAGGUUUAAAACUAUGUUUUAGGUAUAAUUAUAAUAAUUUUAGAGAUCGCACUCUUGGAAAAGGAACCUUUGGUAAAGUAAAAUUAGGAUAUCANCAAUUAAAGUGAAUUACUACAAUUUUGGAGAAGUGUAAAUUUUGUUAAUUAAUAUUUAGAUGAAACAAAUAAAACAAUCUUCAGAUGAUUUCUUUAUUUUCCUAUCAGAUUCUGCCCCUGAAUAUGUAGAUUAUAGUAGUUAAUUGGAGGAAAGCAGCAAUAGGCUUAAUGAUGAUGACGUUGUAAUUUUAUAAUGA